AUGAAGGCUGAUACCAUUCUCGACUAUGCUAUAUUUGAGCUUUCGCCAAAACACUCGCGAUGCGAACUGUUUGUAUCGAGUGAUGGAGAAACAGAGAAACUGGCUUCGGGAUUGAUCGAACCAUUUGUGAAUCAUCUGAGUGUUCUGAAAUCACAAUCCUCUUUUAGAGCAGAAGUAGGAAAAAACGAAAAUGACAAAUCCUGGUUCACAAGAAGAACACUCGAGAGAUUUGUUCAGUUUGUUAAUAGUCCAGAAGUUUUGGAAAGAGUCAAUACAUUUGAUUUGGAGAUGUCACAGUUGGAAGCAGCUCGGACAUUAUAUUCCCAGGACGAUGGAGGUGUAACGGAUGCAACAAAGAAGGAGCUCUCAAGAGCUAUAGAUUUAAGACUUGAUGCAAUUAAGAAGGACUUAACCACAGCUAUUGCUCACGCGUCAGCUAAUGGUUUUGACCCUAAUUCUGUUUCUCAUCUCCAACGUUUUGCUGAUAGAUUCGGCGCACAUCGUUUGGACGAAGCAUGCGGUAAAUAUAUUUCACUAUGGCAAAGAAGACCAGACCUGAUCACGAAGAACUUGAAGACCAACACACAAACAUCAGACAGUGAAACAAACGUCAGUCAACUUCAAAGUGCUGAGAGCACUAAGAAAGAUGAAGAGGAGAAAAAAGAUGAGAGUUUGGAUGAGUCUACUUCUACGGUUAAGACCAGUCAACUUACGAGGAGACUCAGCGUACAAGAUCGGAUUAAUCUCUUUGAGAACAAACAGAAGGAAAAUUCAAACUCUGGAGGAACCAAACCGGUGGUUGUGGCUAAGUCCACAGAGUUAAGGAGGCUUUCUUCUGAUGUCUCAUCAGCUGCUCCUGCAUUCCCUGAAAAAACUGUUUUGAGAAGAUGGAGUAUUGUUAGUGACAUGAGCUUUGAUUUGACGUCGGAUAACAAGAAGUCUGACACUAGUAGCACCGAAGAAGGUCCCUCGAGUGCACCAUCAGCUGGUAAUCCUGACGCCACAGUGCCAAGAGAGUCUGAGGAAAACAGUAUAAAGGUUGAUGAUGAUGACGAUGUGUGUUCUACCAAAUGUGAUGAUUCUCAAAACCAGACUGAUGGUGCUAUCAGGCAGAGAGAAGAGGAGAGUUAUGCAUCCAAGUCCCACAAUGUGGCUCCAUCAUCUGUUGUGUUCCCUUAUCGACAUACGCGAUCUCGAUCAGCUCAUUUAGCAAAUGGUAUUGAUAUCAAAAGUGAUGAUAUUCAACCAAAAGGCCGGAAAAAAGAGAUGUUUCCAUUAGACAAGCAACCAACCUCUACAAAACCAACUUCUGCAGGGUCUGAACAAGGACAAAGAUCAUUUGAUGUAGAGGAUGAUCUUGAGGUUAGUCCCGCGAAUGCAAAUUCAGCUGGAAAGAUCAACAAUAAUAGAGCUCGUGCAGCAUCUGUGGAUCAAACGCAGAGGACAAGAAUGUCUAGGGAAAGCCCUCAAGGGGUUAAUGAUGAGCUGAAAAAGAAGGCAAAUGAGCUUGAGAAGAUGUUUGCAGAGCAUAAACGACAGGUUCUUCCAGUGGAUCAAUCAGCUGGUGAUGAUAAAGGCAACGGGAAUGCUGUAAUGCGGCGGAAUUUAUCCGAGUUAAGUUUUUCAGAUGGUUCCAAAGGGAAGCUGUAUGAGACGUACAUGAAGAAAAGGGAUGCAAAACUGAGAGAAGAGUGGAGUUCGAAAGAAACUAAACUCAAGUCAAUGCAAGAAGCUCUUGAGAGAAGUAGGACCGAGAUGAAGGCUAAGUUUUCUGCUGCUUCCGAGAAGAGGCAGGAUUCGAUAUCAAGUACCCGCCAACGCGCAGAGAAAUUAAGAUCUUUUAAUGCUCGGUCGAGUUUGAAAAAGUAUCAGCAUCCUAUAAGCUCAUUACAGAGCGAAGAGGAAGACGUGAAAGAUAAGCCAGUCGUUGGAAAGAGUGCUCCAAGGAGCUCCCAAGUAAGAAAGGGUCCAUCACCAAACCGGAGCUCCCGAGUCUCAAAACCGGUAUCAGGUAAAGUUUCAAACACUAACAUUACUUCCGGGAGAGUGCGAAGAACAACAGAGAUAAAUCCGGUUGCACAAUCUUCUGUUCCCAAUUUCUCUGAUCCUAAGAAAGAAAACACAAAACCAUCUUCUUUAGCUGUCAGAAAUCCUCCUAUGAUGCGAACACAGGUGAGAAGUGGUAAUAAGAAGACCGCAAAGGAAGACAUAUCGCCUCCUGUUAAGCCCCGGAGGCCAAGAUCGUUAAGGAAAAGCUUCUCUGCGAACAUAGAGUUCACAGAAUUGACAACUCUCUACUCUGAUGAUAUGAUGAACAAAGAGAGAAAUCAGAAGCAAGACAGUGACAUUGAUGUACCAGAGAGGAAUGAAGAGUUUGAUGAAGUUGACUCUGAGGCAGAAGUAGAAGAAAAGGAAGUCGUGGAGACUCCUCUAAAAGAAGCUGGAGAAAUGGAAGAAACUCUAGUGGUUGAGGAUAUUGUUGAUGAAAAGCAUUCACUUAGCGACAAAGUCGAGAACUCCUCAGACGAUGAAAAUGUCACUUGUUUGAGAUCAGUUUCUCAGGUAGACUUACCGGUGAAUGCUCUACCUUUAACAUUUCAGCAUAGUGUUGCCUCGUUAAUGGAUUCACCUAGUGACAGUCCUCUCUCAUGGAACUCAAACCUGCAACACGCAUUCUCUUAUCCGCACGAGCACUCAGAUGCUGAUGCUUCCAUGGAUUAUUCUCCCAUGGGGAGUCCUGCUUCUUGGAGCUCGAGAAUGAGGAAGAAAUGGGGAACAACGGCUCAGAGUCCUGUUAUUGUUUCUAAUUCUUCUCCACUCCAUUCUCGGAAGGAUCUAGCGAAAGGGAUCAAACGUCUGCUAAAGUUUGGGAAGAAAACUCGUGCUGCGGAUAAUCUAAUGGAUUGGGCUUCUGUGACGACAUCUGAAGGCGACGAUGAUUUUGCUUAUAGAUCAUCGGACGAGUUGAGGAAGUCAAGAAUGGCGUCUUCUCAAAGUCAGCUUUCUGAGGAUGAACAAGCUUCAAACAACUCGGUUCAUCAAGGGAGCUUUAGAGCGAAAGAUGGUGAAUUUAAGAGAUCAUUCUUCUCACUGUCUACGUUCCGUAGCAAAGGAAACGACUCGAAGCCAAGAUAA